CCUGAUGAAUUAUGGAGAAAUGUAGUACCAGAAAAUAUAUUGAGAUCGGAUAUGAUAGCUUUACAAAGAUAUAGAGAAAUUCAAAAGACGAAUGGAAGAAAGACAAAGAGAUAUGAUAAUAUUCCACAAAUAAGAGAGGAGGAUGUGGAGGUAAUUGAUAAUAUACAACAAAUAGUUGUAGGAAAACAACCACCACCACUACAACAACAAAAUGAAGAUAGAAAUAUGGAUCCUUAA